UGGGAUUGCCGGUUCGUUCAUUAUCUUACAGUCGCAGUUACGUUGGGGAUUUGUUCGUGAAUACACCGUCUAUCGCUCUCUCAAGUCAAAGGAAUCGUACUUUCCGUCCAUACUUCCCCCACACAAGCAUUCAGAACCAACCCUCUCGUUUUUUGCACCUACAGGUUGGUGCAGGAAGAAAGGAAGGAUGGCAUACACAGUCCCACCUGGGUUGGACUACCUAACUCAGCUCGACCAGGUGUUAGUGAAGCAGAAACACGAGAUAUUCGAGAUUCUCUCCGGAUGUGAAAUGAACAACAAAUACGAGCUGAAGAACUCGCUGGGACAGCAAUUUCUGUUGGCAAAGGAGGACACUGACUGCUGCACCAGGCAGUGCUGUGGCCCCAUGAGACCAUAUGAGAUGGCCCUCCUCGACAACCAGGAGCAGGAGAUUAUACAUCUCUCUCGCCCCCUUGCCUGUAUCAACUGCUGCUGUUCUUGCUGCCUUCAGAGUUUAGAGGUGUCCAGUCCACCGGGGUCAGCAAUUGGCACCAUCCACCAGGAGUGGAGCAUUUGUACUCCCAUGGCUGGCAAGUUCACCAUCAGGAAUGUGUCAGGUGAUGUGGUGCUCAGGAUAGAGGGACCCGUGUGUGCCUUCAGCUGUGGCGGUGAUGUAGUCUUCAAGAUUUUCAAUGAGGACAACUCUGCCCAGAUUGGUCAUAUAACAAAGCAGUGGAGAGGGUUCUGUGCUGAGGCAUUUACCGAUGCUGAUAACUUUGGCCUCACCUUCCCCAUGGAUCUUGAGGUGCGCUUCAAGGCCCUCAUCAUUGGUGCAGCAUUCCUCAUUGAUUUCAUGUACUUUGAAAAGGCUAAAAACUAAGAGCCAGAGCUACACGGGACAUGUUCACCCUUUUACUUCUUGAAUUUCUUGACAAUGAUGUUAGAAAAUGACCUUUCUCCAUGAGCUGCAGGAACUACUGUGAGCUACAAUACCUGCUGUUGCCUGUGGUAACUGAAGUAACUGUUGCAUGCUGGGGUAAUCACUGUGCCCUGUGGUAACUUUUGAUAAUUGUUAUGAGCUGUGGUAAUGCCAUUUACCUGUUGUAGUAAAUCCUCUGAUCCCUCAUAUAUGUUGUUAUAUAGAGUAACAACUUGUUUUCUAAACCUUAGCAUGAGAUAAUGAUUUAUUAAAGCAGUUACCACAGUAACUAACUUCCCUCAUGAUCAUUACUUGGUACCUAGAUCACACAAGUGGCCUUGUACAUUGUCAAUGCAGAGUGACUACCUCUGUACUCUGGUAUCUCUUGCCUAAGUUGGAAUUAAAUGUACUGUAGUUUAAUAUUCUGUCAAUGGAUAAUCACAAGAAAUAUAAAGGAGAAAUAGGUCAGUAUAUAAUUGGUAUAGAACUUGGAUUAUUUGUAAAAUUAUCUUCUUAAAAACAUAAGAAUUUGUUUUAGAUUUGGUGUGCUGUAAACUAUGAAUACAGGUUAUGAUACCAUUUAUCCGGCAUGCUUGGGACCCGGGAGUUGCCGGAUAAGGAUUUUUUCUGGAAUUUGGAGUGCCAUCCUAAAAUAUACAGUAAACCCUUUAUAACUGGCUGUGAAGCCUCUGUUCUGAUCAUUAGAUUCACCCAAAAGUAGCUUUAACUGUAUACACUGUAACAUUAAAACUUAAAAUUGGAGGCACAUAAGUCACAAAAACAAAAGCAUAUAAUUAGUAUGUACAGUAAUAAUAAAAGAAUAAAAAAAGGUAAAAAUUAUACAAGUUAGUGUUUAAACUGCAUCACAAUCGCCCAUGAUACUCACCGUAGCAUUGCAACAGUGUCCUUUCCCUCUGACCUCUCCACACACUCACCACACAGCUUCAUGGAUGUAAACCUGUAGAUACAAAAAACUUUGCACCACAUGAUAAUUAAUUAUUUUAUUUCUUUUUGUACUUUCUGUAUGUAGGAUUGUUUGUGCUAUAACUGAGUAAAAAAAUAAAUUAGAAAAUUACUGUACAUGUAUCUACCUGAAAUUACCAGUUGAAAAAAUACUUCAUGCUGUUGAUAAUAUUUUCCCUUAUUUGUUUUCAUUCUCUGUAUGUGUGAUUGAGUGUGUAUGUAUCUGAAUAAAGAAAAUUACGUAUAUCUACCCAUGAGCUGAAAAAUUACCACAACAUAACAUAUAGCUCACAGGCGGGGAUUGGUUGGAAAUAUCCCCGCUCAGCCAAGGGAAAUACUUUUGGUGCUCAUUUUAAAUUAUUGUGCCAGAACAAAGCCAUUUUUUGGAGCAUUCCAGAUACCAGGACAUUGGAUAAAUGGUCUCAUACCUGUAUAUAUAAGUGUAUGUAAUGUGUAUGAAUAUGCAUGUACAGUACAUAUGUUCAAAAUACUGUACUUUCUCGCACUGCCUAAGAGGAUGGUUCUUACAGUCUGCUCCUCUACCCUCUAUCUUUCCAUAUAUCUACAUACAAUACUUACACCUACCUCAGUUUCUUCACAAAUCUUCCUCAUUCUUUCUCUACAUCUCCUACACUUUUUUCCAUGAGCUUUCUACAUAAUCUUUCUCAUUUCUCAUCAUUUUUCUCACUUUCAUCCUUUACUUUCUUAUUUUCUCUCUACAGUACACCUCUCUUACACCUCUUUCAGUCUUUCCUUGCACGUCCCUCACUCUUUGUCUGCACCUCCCUCAUGCUUUUCCUACAUCUCCCUCACAUUCUCCUCACACCUGUCUCACUCUUUCCUCACCAAUCCCAUGAAAGUUAAAUUAAAUUUAUGGUACAUGUAAUUGUCUUAAAUUUGAGGAAAACAUUUUGUUCGUAGUUUGUCACAAUAAAUGGCUCCAAAACCUCACCACUGCCAAUAGUACAGUACUAGUAACACCCAUUAUUGGUCCAUGGCAACAUGUGAUAACCCCCCCUGGUGCUGGUUCGUAUGUCCAUACUCUUCACUACUACUACAGGACCGUCAACUUUUCCCCCAAAGAAUCCUGAAAAAAUUUGAUAUUUACAGUUUCAAAAUUUCUUCUCUAAGUAUAUUUAUGUGGAUUAAGAACUUGAAUAGCAAGUUAUUAUUAUUAUAUCCCUUAAGAAGAUUCCCUAAAGUUGAGAUUUAAAAUUAUGUUUGUAAAGGAUGUUAUCAUACCAACUAUACUGUAUGAUAUGUUGAGUUCGUGACGAGAUAAUAUUCGGGUUAAAGACAUUGCAUAGUAGGUUUUUAAGACCUUUUGUUUUAGUGACAAAAUCUUAAGUCAAAAUACACUACAGUACUAUACAAGUAUCUCUCACUCUACAAACAUUUGAGCUACGGAAAGUCUAUUAUACGGAUUUUCUUUUCUUGCACAUCCUUCUUAUUUUAUGAAAGCUCUUCUCACUUAUAUGAAUAUGGUUCCUUAAGGUAAUGUACCAGAUAUAUUUAUUAUUUUUUUAAUGCUAGGUACUAAAUUAAAGUAUAGUUAGACACUAUUUUACAGUAGUUAGGAAGAAUUUUUGUUGUUUGUGAGCCAAUUUAAUUUUUUUUUAGGUAUGAUAUUGGGGUUUCUUAUCAUUAUGGAACCGAACCCUAUACUGUAUGUUAUAUUUAAAGUGAGGGAUACUUGUAUGUUCAGUAUUUCAGCUGUCAUAUUUAAUUAAGGAUGUGUUAGGAUAUGAUGCAUUUAGCUGCUGAUAGAAAUACUGUGUACAAGUAUUGGACAUUUUUGACAAAAAAUAUUAAAAUUAUUCCACUCACCUAUAAUAGUUACCUGAUAACUCUCACUUAAAGAAAACAGUAACCCUGAGCUGCCAGUAGUGAACACACUGCCUGUUGUCUGACCAUUAUAUCUGAUACUGUAUGUCAAUAGAAAAAACUUAGUUUCAACAAUUUUGAUAAACAUGUUAUUUUGUAAACUGCUGACUGAGUGCAAUAGACUUUGGGACCAUGAUUCUACAGUGAAUAUCAGGUACAGCAAGUCACUGAUUUACGUCAUAGAUGCAUAACAAAAAAAUGCGACAUUAUUCAGAAAGUCGUGCAUUCACAGGGAACAUUUUCCAUCACCUUAACCUUUAAUGUGAACUUCAUACAGCAGAGCCUCUAACUAACACAAACCAGAGCAAACUACUAAGUUAUGUGCCAUGUUAAAGAGGUAUAUGACAUUAAAGUACUGUGUAGGUUUAAAAUAAAUACAGUUUUCAGUCAUCCUAAUCUAACUUUUCCACUUGACUUCAUGCAGUAGAUGUGCUCAUGAAGCACAAACCAAAGUAGAUUACUAACUUUGUGUUAUACAGUACUGUACUAAAGUUCUGAAGCUGACUGAGUGAGUUCCCGCCCGAUCGCCACACCAUAAGCCAUGUCUAAUAUCUAUUCUUUCUUCACUUUUCUUUAAUAAGCAUCACUAAAUAAUUAAAACAAAAAGACUGAGCCUUAAACUAACACGGUAUGUCUAAAGGCAAAAUCACUUUCAUCUGCAACGUCACUGUCAGGGUCACUUGCCUCAACAGCCUGUCUCUCCUCUACCUCUGUCUCCCUAGGCCAUCUCUCUCCUGAAUUCACACUUCCGGAAUUUUCAUGUCUAAACUGAUGGAAAGAUGGUAUUUCUUGGGUACACUCACUUACUAAGAAAUAAGAACACAGAUACUAUGCUGAAUAUCAUAUCUAAUAAAUAUGUACCCAAGACCAAACCCAGAGCCUCCAGGAAUACAAGGAGACCGCAACACAUGAACCAUGCGGCGGUCAGCAAAGUUAAGAAGAAAACUCAGGAUUUCUAGACAUGGGUUAGAACAAAUGGUGAGCAGGACAGGAGGAUGUAUGCUAGAUCUAGGAACUAAGCAAAGUUACAGUGUAGAAGGGCUGAAAAAGAGUUCCAGAGGCAGGCAGAUUGCAAGUGACGUCAAUUCAAACCCAAAGGCUUUUUACCGCUACGCAAAGUCGAAAUUAAAAAUGCAAUUAGGCUAUCAGACUGAGGCUUGAAGAUGGUAGUUAUGCAGAUUCUGACCAGGAUAAUGUGGAGGUGUUGAACAAAUUCUUUUCCUUGGUGUUCACAAGAGAGGAUGUGAACAAUCUUCAUGCAUUUGAGGAAGGACAGUUUAACACAUUGCUGAGCCACAUUGUGUUCCCGUAUAAGGUUAUAAGAAAUAGACUGUCAAAGCUAAAGAUUCACAAGAGUUCCGGCCCUGAUAUGGUACACCCCAGAGUGUUAAGAGAACUGUAACAAGCUUGUGGAGCCCCUUAAGGUUCUGUUUUGCAAAUUCCUGGAGGAGCAAAUGGUUCCCGAUGACUGGAAAAUGGCUUAUGUGAGUCCUAUACAGUAUUCAAGAAGGGCGAUCGUCACUCCACGAAUAAUUAUAGACCAGUGAGCCUGACAAACAUAGUACGUAAAGUAUUAGAGAGCAUUAUAAGAGAUGCCAUGAUGGAACUUCUACUAUGAAACAACCUUGUAAAAAACUGCCAACAUGGUUUUAUGCCGGGAGGAUCCUGCUUAACACAAUUAGUCAAGAUACUGGAUGUUUGGACUCAAAUUCUAGAGCAAGGCAGAAAUAUCGACAAUAUAUACGUAGAUUUUGCCAAGGGUACCGGAUUCAAUGAAAUGUCCUAGCUUGGAUCCGAGACUUUCUGUAUGACUGCAAACAGUGUGUGGUGAUAAAUGGUACGAAAUCGUCAUGUGUACCUGUGACAAGCGGGGUGCCACAGGGCAGUGUAUUGAGCCCCUUGUUGAUUGUUUGCUUCAUAAAUGAUUUGCCAGAAGCUAUACACUCCUCCAUACAAAAGUUUGCGGGAAAUUAAAGACCAACAGAUUGUGAUGAGUUACAGAAAGAUCUCUGUGAGCUUCAAGAAUGGUCAAAGAAACGGCUGUUAAGAUUCAAUGUCACGAAGUGCAAGAGGAUGCAUCUAGGCCAUACCAACUGCAUUAAUUGAAACCGAAUGUGAAAAGAUUCUGGGUGUGUAUGUCGACAAUGAAUUUAAGUUCUCGGGCCAUUAUGAGAAGAAGGUGAAUCAGACAACAAAACUAGUAGGUCUCAAAAGAAGGUCAUUUAAAUAUCUGGAUGGUCCAUCACUCAACACAAUAUUCAAGAGUGAGGUGCUUCCCUGUUUGGAGUACUGUUACCCCAUCUGGUCCCCGAGGUAUGCUAAAGAUUGUCACUUGAUUGAAAAUGUCCAAAGAAGGGCCACCAAACUGGUGCCUGCCUUACAGAAUCUCGGUUACCCAAAGAGAUUAGAAUGCUUGCAGCUGCUAACUUGCGCUACAGCUGAGCAAGGGGCGACCUAAUCAAAGUGUAUAAACAUCUCAGGUGGCACUUCUUGGUCGAAUGUACAUAUCUGGAGCUGGCGGACAUCUGCCCCACAAAGUGUCACAGCUUAAAGUUGAAAAGCUACAAGUCCAGAAAACUGCGUGGGCAAACAUUUUUGGAGUGAGAAUUGUGAACUCUUGGAUCAAUCUGCCAGAGAGUGUUGUGAUGGCACCAAGUGUGAGCUCAUUCAGGCCAGACUUGACCAACACUGGAGCAGGUUCAGAUAUAUUGAGGAGCCAGUGCAUGCCCAGUACUUGCCAACGGUGUGUAACAGAUACGUAACCAACCGCCCGAGCGGCUAAUGAUCCGAUCAGUAGCGAAGAGGACGAGAGUAAAAGUAAAAAAAACACCAGUAGGACUGUUUGCAGGAAGUUUUACAGCCAUGGUGUUUUGGUGUUUUUUUAAUGUUGGGCUCAAAAAUAAUCCAUGGAGCAGUACCAGUUGUUUUCACCAAAACAGAAAGCGUGAGACUGAAUUUUGGUUGGCUGGGUACACAUGGGUUAGGCGGGCGCCACACUGGUGAGCGCGAGAUUCCAAAAAGACUCGAUAUCAGACCAGUGAAAUAUAUCAAAUAAUGUUCCUUAACUAUUAAACAACUUCAUGUCGAAGUGAUGCUGUUUGGCAUGAUGUAAAUCAGUGAAUGAAUGUUCGUGCAAUUAGACUCGGAGGACAAAAACACAAAUUGUCACAUAUAUAGAGCACAUUGUGAUGUAAGCAAGGUACUAUUGAUCUACAAUAGGCUGCUGCUGUAUUAUUAGAAUAGAGUAUUUAUAGAAUAGAUUACAAGCUAAAAUACAGUAUGAUCACUAUCCAAAAGAUGACCCAUAAAAUUUAACAAUAAUAUCCAAUAGGGGAACUUAGAUGAUAUCCAUUUUUUAAUAGAACUCGAGUACUUAUAAAUCUGUUGAGAAGAUGGCAGUCAUAUAUAAAUGCAUCAGUAAUGUGAACAUGUUUAUAAAUGCAAUUUUGAAUUCCUUUGCUGUGGCCUUCACAAGUUAAAUGUCCUUCAGGUGCUGAGAAUAUUUAUUGUUUGGUAUGUCCUAAGUUUUUGAUCAAGCUAUUUUGUUUAAUUAUCUGGGAAAAAUCAUUUUUUAAUUUAGAGUCAUCUCAAGCUACAGCAACUGCAUGAUGGCACAUUUACCAUUUCACAACUUUUUCGUCUGCUAUUUGAACUUAUUUGUGGCGGAAAAUGCAGAGCGGAGAGUUCUGGUCCUUAGGUCAAAUAUGCGGAGUAAGAACUCCUUAUGUUUAGAUCUAUUAUUUGACUUGUACAGUAUUGGGUAUUAUUUCGUUAUAAAUUAGUCCAUAAUAUUGGGAUUGACAUUAUAUAAAGGCAUAUUUAUAUAUUACCAUAAUAACAUCAAUUGUCUUAUGCACUUUGAGUCAACUCAGAGAUAACUAUGCAGUAAUCCCAUGCCAUUUGCGAGGAAUAGGUUCCAAGAAAUGGCACGAAUUGGCAAAACCACAAAUAGCAACUUAUACUACCUUAGUGCACUACUGUAUACCUGUACCAAACAACUGACCAGCCGAAGCAGCACUCAUUCCCUCUUUUAACUUAUUUAAUAAUAAAACUUUCUUUGUCAGGGUCAUCACUGACUUCUGCCUUUUACAUUUAACUCCACUAGCAUCACUAGCACUGACACUAGGCAGUCUUUUAGGGGCCAUUUCACACAGAAACACUAAAGUUUUGAGAGUACAACACGAGAUACUGCGUGGGUGACUCAUUGUGCUGCAGGAAAAGGCUUGCAAGAAAGCCACCAUAGCCACCAUCUGCUUACCACGAAUCGUCAAAAUUACGAUUCGCAAACUAAAGAAUGGCAAGGGUCUACUGUAUUCAUUAUAUGUACUGUACUAUUUUCAUCAAAGUCAAACAAAAACAAACUACUGUAUGUUUCAUAUGUAAUUACAAAAUAAAUGGAUUAUUUUCCAUUA